GGUGGCUGAAGAAAGAGCAGGAUCACUACACUAACAACUUCGGCUGGAGUUAGAAACCAUCGAGGACAAGAAGAAGAUGAACCUCCAGAACCAGAAACCUAACGCCGUCCACAGUCAAAAUUGCACAUAGCGAACAACUUCAUUGACAUUUUGGCUAGCUAGCUAGUUAGCUAACGUUAGCUACCUAGUGCGGAAGGUGGCGUCAGAGCCCGGGCUCCAGUCUGUCCCAGGCGACCAUGACUCCUCAGCAGCAGGUUGUUCACCGCGAGCAGCACCCCUCCAUAAUCGACCAGAAAGUGCAGUUAACUGUCAAACUGUUUAUGCUGGAAAAUGCCCGGAAUACACUUGAACAAGAACUUCUUAAACUCACCAACAAGGCCUACGAAGAGGUUCAAGAAUUCUUGAAUUCAUCUUUUCCCACUAGUGACUUCAGUGAUCUCGCAAAAGCUUUGGAUACAAAAUGCCAAGUCAUUGACAAGCUCUCAGCUUUAUUAAAAGACCUCACAGUUGAGGCAAACAUUUUUGUCCAGCCUACUGUCAAAAAUGGAGUGAGAACAAAUCAACUUCUGCCACUCGGAGACAAUUGGAUCCUAACGACAGAAGUUCUCAAGUUUGGGCCCAUGUUGCAGAACUUGCUCAUGGCGAGCUCUAUAGCCAAAGCUGUCCAGGUGCUUGGAGCCACGCUGUCCCUCCAGCAGUCAAAACAUUUCCCCAUCUCCCCAUCUCACCAGGAUGACAUGAUAGGCAGCAUCUCGUCCAGCUACAAAAGCGCUGUUGCGACUACGAGCUCAUCCUCUCACUUAAAGGCUGAAGAAAAAGAACACGCUGUUGUUUUUGAGGAGGCAGGCCCAUCAGAUGCUGUGAUUCUUUCACCUGCGAUUAUUGAGAGACCCAAGAUUAACCCAGAGAGGUCACCAGUACUACUACCUCCCAUACAAGCUAUGCUGCCAGAGACGAGUAACCCUAAACCAAUGAAAAUAACACCACUAAUAGGCUGGGGAUGUGUGGAUGAUGUCCAGGUGCAACACCAAAAACAAACAUCCUCUCAGCUGCUUCACUUCCUCAGAACAAAAGCUAAAAACAUGGGUGCACUAGAGGCCACUGUCACGGAGGGGAGUGAGAGAAUGUGCCCUUCAAGCUUGCCACAGGUGCCUACCAUCCAAACACAAAGCUACCAAUUCAGACAUGCUGUGACGGAUGAUCUGAUCAAUGCACUAGCUCCGAAAACGUUAUGUGCAGACAUAAAAAACCAAGCCCCUAUCUUCAGGGUAAAAAGAGUGGAAUCAAGUGGCUCUCUGACCUACACUUGUGUGAUAUCAACAAAGACUGAAUUGUGGGAUAUUGGAGACAUCUUCACAGAGGUGGGACACGGAGACUCUGAAGCGAGCCCCUCGGGAAAAAAAGACUGCCCGAAUACAACCGCUCGUUUGGAGAACUCGUGUCUAAACGCCCAGUGGGAAACCCAAACUCUCCAGUGCACAGAACCUGAACAUGUUAGCCAAUCUCCUGGUGCAAAAACACCAGCGGUCAACGCCAUUACCACUGCUGAGUUCCAGAUCCGGAGGUUUGAAGAGACUGAAGUUGUGGUGUCUCAUAUUGUCAGCCCAGGCAACUUCUACGUCCAACACGCAGACUCCAUCACAAAGCUGCAGGCCCUUGUCACAGACUGGAAAGCCAGUAAUUCAUAUGCCGAGCAGAACCGCAUUCCAGAUAUUGGAACCCAAGUAAUGGGUUGGUUCCCUAAGCAAGAACAAUGGUGCAGAGCUCAGGUGACAAAGAUAUGUGGAGUAAGUGAAGAUAAUAAUGCCACUGAUGGCGCUGGGAGUGAGACAUCCAUCAAGGUGGAGGUGAAGAGGCUGGACUACGGUGACACAGCCUGCCUGUCACUGUUGAACACCAAGGAGAUGACCCCAGAAAUGGCUCUCCUACCUCUUCAGGCUGUACAGGUCUCACUGACAAAUGUGACGCCUGUGAAUGGGAGUGAUUGGUCUGAGGAGGCAGUGGGCUGGUUCAAAACAAUGGUGCACAACAGAACACUCUAUGCCAGACUUUACCCGCAGGGGCCCAAAGUUACAGUCGAGCUGUUUUUGGAAAAGGGAAAGCUCGGAGCUAUGAGGAGGGGUGCAUCAUUGUCUUUGAGACUGGCCCAGAACGGACAUGCAAAACACAACAAACUCAAGAAUGUCAGCCUCAUGAAAAUAAACACCGUUCAACUUAAAAAGAAGAAGCAGGACUCCGAGUGGGAGAAAUACCUCAUCUCGUGCUAUACUCAAAAGUAACAAGUAAUUCAGAAAGCACAGAAUGUGGGUAGUUGUGUUUGUCUCGUCUGACAGCACACCAAUGUCAAAUGUAAAAAAAAUAAAUAAAUAAAAUAAAUACAAAUGGCAGCCCUGCCAUGAAGCACCCAGAAACACAGACAUUUAUUGAUUCUUAAAUGAGAGAUAACCCAUCCAGCUUCUGGAUGUGUACAAGUGAACAUACAGUGGACUUUCAGGUUACACGUGGACAAACUGCUGUGAUUGCCACUUUGCAGUACAAGGAUAAAUUAGGGAUAUUUAAAUAAAAAUGUAAUGUAAUAUGAACAUUUUGAAUAGAGACUGAAGGCAUUGGCUGGAUUAGUACACAUUAAAUAGCAUGUAUCUGCUUUCUUGUGUAUUUUUCUGUCUUGCGGUUCAUAAAGUCAAAGCUAUGUGUAGUGAAUGUGAGCGUAAAGCUAAUGUUUUCUUACAUCUACCAUUGGAACUCAAAAAACUUCUGUUAUGGUCUUUUAAACAUACUGUAACUGUAUCUCUUUAGAGUCUUAACACAUUGUGACUAUUGUCUUUGAAGCAUUGAUAGAAAAGUGUGAAACAAAAGAACAUUAUUUUUAUGUCAGUGUAUAGGGACAUGGAUAUCUAAUUGUGGUGCAGGUUGUUUUAUUUAUAACAUUUCCCCCUGUACUUUAUUCUUAAGCAUUUCCUUAACGAGGAAGUGUGUCUCUAGUCUUUUUUUUUUUUAUGUAUCACUUUCUUUUCAUGAUAAUCAUUAUUAGAGCCAUGUUGCCUUGGUUAAUGUUGAGUUCUUGUACAAUGGCAGAUCUAUUAUCUUAAAUGUACAUCGUCUAUAUCUCCGCUGUCAUAAUAAAACUGUUAAAAUUGUA